GAGAAGGAAGUGUUUCUCUCACAGCAUUACAGGAAAAAUGACGCAGUAGACACAUUGUCGUAAUGUAGCUUUCUGAAACUUUAAUUAAAAAACAGCCAUUUUUUACGUUCACUGGAUGAUAUUUGGAGUUUAAGCUGAAGUGGAAGGUAAGUGACAUGAUCGGAAAGUGACUGUGCACAGCGACAGCAGCGCUGCAAUGGAUCCUGAGCUCAUAGGUAAGACGGAGAAGGUAAAGACGCUGAAGCAGUUUCCACCAUAUGGUAGCAUAAAUGGAAACUCCUCGGGGGACACCUGCCCAACGUGUCGAGGCACUGGACGAAUUCCCAGAGAUCACGAAGACCAGUUAGUUGCUGUGAUACCGUGUAAUGAUGUCAGGCUGCAACCCAGACGCACGAAGCUGUACGUGUGCAUCUCCAUGUUUGUGUGUAUAUUCAUUUGCUGCCUGAUCCUUUUUUUCCUCUUCCCACGGAGUGUGACCCUCACGCCGGUGUCGGUCCAGUCAGUCAUGGUCUAUUUCACCCCAGACGCCGUUGAAAUGGAUGUCAUAAAUCUCAUCAACAUCACAAACAAAAACUACGUCCCAGUUCAGAUUGUUGACUUCACCAUGCAGGGUAUUGUUGCUGAUACGGUUGUGGGGAAGAUCAAGAUAUCUAACAUGACCGCCAUCCAGCCCCGUUCGCAGAAAUCGAACACUAUUCCGAUCGACCUACAUCUCUUUGACAAAGGUUUAAACUUCUACUGCAAGUCGACCACGUUCAAGAUUCACACGUUGUUUCUGCAGCUGCAAAUGACGAUGAAUAUUUCUUAUCUCUCUCACACGGAGCAGCUGUCUCUUGAAACAUUUGAGUAUAUUGACUGCGGCACCAACUCAACCAUCCCACAUCCUGUGAGAUGACGAAAUUUUAACUAAAACCACCAGUGUUGGACCAUGUCUUUAUCCCCCUAAUGUCUAAAUGCAUCUUUUAUUUAGCAGAAUUUAAUCAGUCACUACAAUAAAUGAAGAGCAUUGAUGUUUUAAAUGAACAGUACUGUGCAAAUGUCUCAAUCCACCCCUAAUUUCCUUUUGUUUGCAUGCAAGGACCCAGAUGUGGUUGUAAUCUUUUAAAUUGUCUUUAGCAAGAGUUCUCCAGGCUUUCUGAAAAUUUGUUCAUGUACCUGAUCAUUUUCAGAGGAAUGUGUUUUUUACAAUUAUUUGUUAAACCACUAAAAACUCACCUACAAAUGAUUCAAGUCUAAAAAAGGCUCUUAACUCAAGAGAAGAACUAGCAUGACAUCCCAUUUAUUCAGUUGCAUCAGUGCAAAAUACCAAAGACAACAAUGUUUGUCGGACAUUAAAUCAUUUUGUAGCACUAAUGUGAUUCUAAAUUGGCUUUUAGUUGAAGACUUUGCAUAUCUCAGUGUGAUGUACAGUGUGGACUUUACAACAUUUGAGGAAAUUGGACAAAAGAAGAAGUGACAGGCCUGUAAACUAACAGUAUCUGAAAGUGACGUCCUUUAACAGACUGAAGGACCUGAUAGAUGCAUUUGGGCCUUCACUUGAUCUGUCUAGAGGUGUUUCCAUGCAAGAGUAGCAAGAAUACAUUCUUAAGGAAGGAAAACAAGUAGAACUGGACUGAAAAUCAGUGACAGCAGGUCUGAUGGAGUGAUGGGUCCAUCCUAGAGCCCAGACCUUCACGUGACUCAAUCAGUGUGGGAUCAUAUGGACAGAGAGCAGAAAAAAAGCAACCAACAUCCAAAGUCCUUCAAGAAGCCUGGAGAUCUGCUCCUGAAGACUUCUUGGAAAAGAGGGUUCAGACUGUGAUGACGGAUAAAGCUGCACAGACCAAAUAUUAACUUUAAAGUUAGUUAAUGGUGUACAAACUAAGUUUUUUAAUUUGAUUUCUGCAUUUUCUUGUUUGUUUCUAUAAAGCACUUGUUGAUGCUUUUUAGAAAUUUGUGUAAAUAUGUAUUGUGGACUAUGAGCUCUCAUAAUGUUUUUUUUUUGCCUUAAAUUUAGCUUCUUUUUUAAAUCUUUGUGUAAAAGAGUUUACCUCUGAUAAUCCUGUUAUUUGCACUUUAUUAAAAAAAAUAUUACAGUUGAGACUAUU